AUGGCAAUAACAGCACUGCCGGUGAAUUGCUGGCUCAGGGAGCGCUUGAACAAGUGGGUGCAGCUGUCCGGACACGAAGGAACAAUAGUUCCGGCAACUGAUAAAACGCUAUGGAAGAAACGAUCGUACAGCGGUUGCAACGAAAGUAAUGCGUAUCGUGCAUUAAUGAACGAUUCUGCAUUGCAAGCUUUUGUGCCUCGAUAUUACAGAGAAGUCGAAUAUGGAAAUGAUUCUUUUAUCGAAAUUGAAGAUCUCACAGCUCUGUUUGAUGACCCAGCGAUAAUGGAUAUCAAGAUGGGAACCAGAACUUUUCUGGAAUCUGAGCUUAACAGUAAAAUCGUACGAAAUGAUUUGUAUGAAAAAAUGGUUUCAUUGGAUCCUUAUGAGCCUACAGAAGAAGAACAUGCUACUAAAGCUAUAACGAAAAUGCGUUACAUGCAGUUUCGAGAGAAGAAAAGUUCUACUGCGACAUUAGGUUACAGGAUUGAGGCUGCAAAAAUGCCAGGUGGAGUUUUGCAAAAAAGUUUCAAGAAGAUAAAAACACAUGAAGAUAUCAGGAAAACAUUAGUGGAGUUUUUUGGACAACACAUAUCAACAGCGGGUUAUCAUAUUCUUCAACGCCUGCAAAGAUUACGAGAAGCUGUUCAAAAAUCGCUUUUUUUCCGAACUCAUGAAGUUAUUGGUAGUUCAUUACUAUUAAUGUAUGAUGCAACAUUAGCUAAUGUAUGGAUGAUUGAUUUUGCCAAAUCGAUUCCAAUGGAAAUAGACUCAGUAAACCACAGGCGAGAAUGGAUUUUCGGUAAUCAUGAAGAUGGAUAUUUUGUAGGACUGGACAAUCUUAUCAAGAUUAUGGAAGAAUUGAUUCUCUUAUGA